GAUACGACGAUGUUGUUGUUUUUGUAUGAUUAAUGAGCAUUCCCCUGCCGCUACUGCUGCCGAUGAAGAUGGCUGUGAAUGGUGGUGAUGGUGAUGAUGACAAUGAUGAUGGUAGUGAUAGUGACAUAGAAAAAGUGCGUGAAAUGGAUCGUGGACCUUGGAAGGCGAGGGCGGUGCAACGCUGUUUCUUUUUCGGCUUUUUGUCUCAUUCAAUUUUGUGAGGACAGAUAGACUAUGCAGCUGAGGCGUGCACUUUAUUGGCCUCUGCAUGUUGACCUGUCUGGUUUAUACGUCUUUUUUUUUUUUUUUAAAUGGCUUUUUCUUUUGGACCUUUGUUUCCGAAAAGCAAUUUGUAGCACACCACUGUCGUGUUUUUACUCUUGUCAGUGCUGUUUCGCUCCAGUGCUUGUCGAAGUGUGAACUUAGGUCAAUUCGCCGAAAGGUCUUGCGGACGGCCAUUCUUGACGUUAUGGCGGCCAGGAAGCGCGCAUCGAGCUGGUCUGUGAAUCUUCACCACGCGCUUCUCCUAAAAGGAGAUUUCCGAAGUCUUGAACUGGUUUGCGUUUCUGUUGGACGGGAGCGGGGAGAGAUAUUGGGGAAGUGAAAUGUUGACAAUCUUUUUUUUUGUCCAUUUACUGCUCCCUCUCUUUCCACUGAAGGGUUCUCUCGAAUAAUCUUUACGUUCCCCGCCUUUAACUUCUCUUGUCGCGGAGGAGGGAGUGGAAAAGUGAAAUGGUGACAAUCUUUUUCGUCCAUGUACUCCUCCCUCGUUUGUUUCCACUGAAGGGUUGACCCCUCCCCCCGACCCUUACGUUCCCUGUCUUUAACGUUUCUCACUUGUCGUUUGCCUGGUGUAUUCCCUUCGUCUCCUUUAGCGUCUUGCUGUCCCCACUUCCUUUCGUUUCCGUCUCGCCUAUUCCGAUAUUGCUAUUUCACGCUGCUUAUCGUUUGGGUCGUUCCAUUUCUCUCAUUUCCUCUGUUUCUUUCAUCCAGCUUUGGCGCCUAUUCUGUCUGUAUUUGUCGCGUAAUCUUUUUUUUUUUUGUUGCCAGUGACUUUCCCGGACGGUCUUUUCAGCUUUUGCUAUUUCGUUCUUCUAUCUAUUUGUCUAGACCGUUUCUUUUUCCUUGCUCUGUCUCUGAGAGUCGCUCAUUUUUUUUUUCUUUUUAUUACACCGUGUAUUUGUCUGGCUUUGCCCAUCGUUGCUCGGUUUCAAUCAUGUCCGUCUGUCUGUGUCUGUCUCUCUCUCCCCCCGCCGGUUCAUUUCUCGUGCCGCGUGUCAUGUCUCGCUUCACUCUCCCUCCCUCUCCUCUCCGCUCUUACACUCCCGGUCUUCCAUCUUUCCGUAAUUGCCCCCCCCCCCCCCCCCCUCCCUUUCCUGAGUGGUUGAAUGUUGUGUUCUUCACUCGGAGAUGGCACGUUUGAGGUAAAUCUUCACCCCCUUCGAAAGCACGUCAGUGAAUGUGGAUGUGGUUACUCAUUUGGAGAAACUGAAGUGUCGAAGUCCAGGAAAUAAAAAUGUGUGGUGUGGUUGCUCACUGGCAAACUGUUGUCGUUGUUAUGGGCUUUUUUGAACUGCUUGGUUUUUGUGUGAUGGAUGGUUUUGGGAAGUUGAAACGUUGAGAUUCUUACACUAGGUCGCUCGCUUCUCUUUGUUUGUGUGACACCCUCCCACUGUAUAACUCGAGAGAAAGAGAAAUAACGUCGUCGUCCUCUGCUAAUCGGCACGGCCCAGCUUCGUUGUUACUUCCCAGUCGUCUUCUUCUUCCUCGUCGUCGUCUUCUACAUUUUCGACCGCUGGUCGUCUGCUCUUCGUUCGUCGUCUUCUUUGAUGAUGAUGGUGAUGGUUGUUAGUUUGGAUAUGGAAAGGGAAGGACCAGCAGCGAUCUACACCACUUUCUUCACGGUCUGCGGCUCCUCUCUUCCCAGGAGCAGCUCUAAAGGGCUAACGUUGUCCCUUUUGCCCUGUAUUCAUCAUCAUCAUUAUCGUCAUCAUCAGUUGAUUCGAAUUAUUUUGCGUGUCUCAUCGAUGCGAUUUCGGAAUGGGCUAAAGAGGUGCGCGCGACGUCUGCCUGCGACCGACUUCGCGGGACCUCCUCCGUUUCGCACACACCUUGAAAACUCCAGACCGGUGCGUUUUUCGUUGAUGUUGUCAGCGUUGGUUAUGUUCCUGGUCGAAAUAUCGGCUGAACUUGUCUGCAUUUCCUCUACUUGGUUCAAGAAGGGUUGGGGGGGGGGGGGUUAGCAAGCGGCGGAGGGUGCGGAAGGGGCGCGGGGACAGAGGGGCCAUAGAGGAUGUAGGCGACGGUGGACGGGCGACAGAGUGGAAAAUGAGGGGAGGUGGAGGGAUGGGGAAAACAUAAAGAGCACUGGGGUCAAUGCCCGACGUGUUAUCUUCGGUCUGAGGUUAGGUGGAGGGAUUAGGAGGAGGGCAGAGCACGGGGACCAGAAGGAGCUGAUGGGGGGAGGGAGAAUCGCCUCUUCCUCGUGGCUGGGUUUUGCUUGUUUGCCUGCUUUCCGCCUGAGGAGGUGCGCACAUCUAUCUACCUUUUCGCGGCUGAGCAUCGGUCGAGGUUACCACUUGCCCCAGCUGCUUGUGCUGUUCUCCGUCGUCUGAUGCUCUGCUCGGCCGAAAUAAUCACCACCGCUUUUUUCUGCCUUCGUCGCGCUUCGUGGCCUGCUCGUCUCGUCCGUCUUCUUCUAAUUAUUCUUCAUCUGUCGUCGUGGUUCGCACACGUAUUCGUCUUUUGUUCCUCUUGUUAUUGCCGUGAGCUUCUUCGACUUUAUCACAGCCGGCCGAGAUAACUGGUGUGAUAUUUGAAUUAGGAUUUCACGCACGUCGAAUGCUAUGUUCGGUCGCUGCGCGCCUGCGUCGAACAACGGCGCCAUGUUGUCCGUGCCGUUCGCCCGCCCAAACUACAAAGAGGUCGUGGUCGCUCGUCUGCAAAGGGCGACGGGGUGUGGAUGGACGGGCCUACGUCGCUUCCUACGUCGCUUCGCUUUCCUGCGUAACACGGAACGUCGUUGCUCAUCUGCUUCUAAAGCGAAAGACGGGAGGCGAGUUGACAAAAUGACUGGUCUAAUCGAUGUGUGACAAAUUGCGUCGCCCUAUUUGAGCGACGGUGCUAAUCUUCGUCUUCUGCUUGUAAAGUGAAACUCGCCCUAUUGGAGCGACGGUGCUAAUCUUCGUCUUCUGCUUGUAAAUUGAAAAAGACCAAAGAGUUUUUGAUAAAAUGAUUGUGUUUUGAUCGACGUGGGGAGAAUUGCGUCGCCCUAUUCGAGCGACGGCUUGUCCGUCGUGCUUCUUAUUCUGGACGGAAGAAGGAAACGAUACCUUUUCUGCAUGCAAUGAAUGAUGUCCUCGGACCAAUUGGAUGGAUGGAUUUUGUAUCCUCUGGUCUUGGUUGGACAAGAGGGCACUGUGCGAAAUGCUUUCUUGUUUUUGUCGAUGGGAUGAUGCUCUGUUAGUUUUCCCCGCUUAACGUUCGUCGUGACUGAUCGCGCACGACUUCUUCUCUCCAUCCUCCUGAACGCUAAAUCCCUUCUGCUCUGCUGGAGUCAGCUCUUCUCUCCUUUGUUACAUCGUUUUGCGCAGAUUACGCCCUUUCCGGACUAGAUGCAUGCAUGAUCGUGACGAGCGGUGUAUUUUGAGUCAUUGUCGUAGACAUGGGUGACGUUGUUGCUCCUCUCCUCCGCUUCGCUAGUCAUCCGUCCCGCGUUGUCGGUGUCGUGAGAUGCCAGAUCACUCGUGUGGGGUUUUGCUUUGCACGGCUAUGACCACCGCGCGCCGUUAUUGAUCUCCUCGACGCUUUUCUUGUCGCAGAUGUCAGUAUGUUUCUCGCAGUUUUGGGAUGUGUUCAUUUCUUCUCUUGAUACCGUCGCGGCUCUCCGUUGCUAAUCGCCACGAUUCUUUUCUUCCGCCGAUGCCAAAGUGUUUCUCGUCUUUGUCUGAUGGAUUGCUUGCGUCCGUCGAUAUCUCGGAACAGAAGUUCUUUUAGAUUAGUCCUUCGCACGUCCUCCUCUCUCCUAGGCAGUGAAAACAGACUUCGCCGGUUUGGGCGGGGUGACAGUCCCGACUUAGUAGUCGUGAGUAGUCGCAGGUACCAACGCUGUUCAGUCGCCCUUUUGGGCACAGGGAGUAAAUGCCCGCGCAGUUACUCAUGUUGAGCGCGCCUAGAUACCCCAUGUUGAGCGCGCAGAGAGAUCGAAUGAAUCGAAAUUCUUGUAUUUAUAUGUAUUCAUCUAUGGCCGAAGGUAAUAUUUAUUCAUUUAUGACCGAAGGUAAUAUUUAUUCAUCUAUGACCCAAGGUAAUGUUUAUUCAUCUAUGACGGCAGGUAAUAUUUAUUCACGUAUGACCGAAGGUAAAGAAAACGGCGGCAGCUCGUCCCCGGUAGACGCUGGGUGAGAUGGUGAGAACGCAGAAGGAAAAGAAUGCCUUAAGCUCCGGUUUGGACCCCGACUUUCCCCGACAGCAACCUACUGUUAUCAUGACUGUACACCGAACACAACCUACCCUUAUCGUGACUGUAUACAAGCCCUCUUAGGUACGUUGAGCUCAUGAUGAUGAUGAUAAUGCCUUGUGUUCGGGAGUAAACGGUGGGGCUGUCG